GUUUCACUGGCGUUACGUCCUGGCUUGUGCAGCCAUCGUACUCCUCGAUCGACCUUCGUGACCAUGGAGGAUGGAUAUACUACGCCUGUGGACCUUUCUGUCAUGUGGCACAUCCAACGCACCGUUCAUGGCCACACGUCAACAUUCAAAGACAUGCAGUUGAACCAGCCGCGGAAUGCCGAGAAAGGCGUGCAUAACUUUCUCGGCGUGGAGGACCGUCGGUUCCUGCGAGCCGACGGAAGCCACGGCAUGCUGCCACGCUGCCAAGCCCGCGACACGUCGUUGGAGAUUGUGCGUGCCAUUCAGUUUGGCGACGUCGAUACUGUCGCGUCGGCUUUGCAAUCGAGAAUGGCGUGUCCACAGCAAACCAACAGUGCCGGCGAGACGUUGCUCCAUAUAGCCGUGUUGCACCAGCAACCCCGCAUCGUUCAGCUUUUGCUCGAACACGGCGCCAACGUGAACGCUCGCACCAACUGGCGACCGCUACCCUCGAAUGAAAACCACAUACCACGGCAAUAUGCGUUCACGACGCUAUCAGGUGGCGCGACUCCGUUGCACUUCGCUUGUGGGCUGUCCAACCUCGAGCUCGCUCGAACAUUGGUAGAAGCGGGGGCAGAGGUACGUUUUAGAUCCAAUCAUACGUUCAUCUCUUUUGUCGUGCACCUACUUGUCGGGAGAACUACUUCAACUUUGUAUUCAAACGGUGCUACACUGUACUGUUCUGUACUCAUGGCUGCCACCUCCAGACAGAAAUAGGCGCCGACGAGGUACACAUGUACACACCCAUCUCUCUCGCCUUUCUUGGCUAGCUCCACCUCCAUUUCCCUAUUCCCUAACACAAUUCCCUUCGUCUCUCUUUAUGGUAUUCGCAUCCAGUUGUGUGGCACGCCAUUGCUUUGGGCCUUGUGUGCCGCGGACAAGCCAUUGGAGAUGGUGCGGAUGCUUUUGGCCGCGGGCGCGUCGCCGCACUGCCGCGAUGUCGAAUACAAUUGUGUCGUGGCGAUGGCCGUCAUGUGGUGGUGGGAGCCCCACCACGCGACGCGGCUGUACCAGCUCGUGACGGCGCUGGUGGACGCGGGGGCGGACGUGCAUGACAAGAACAUCACCGGAUGGACCGCCGUGGACGUCGCGGCGACGGACGCAGCCAAGGACAUGCUCCGGCGGGUGUUUGGCGCCACGUCUGGUCGGUGUGUCGACAUUGACCGCAUCGGGAACAUCGAGCGGGAGCGCGACGAAGGCCGGUCGUGGCUGCGGCCGCGCACGUUUGCAAUGGCAUCCAUGCACCCAGAGACAAAGUCGGAACAGUGAGCAUCCUGUGGUGAUGGAAGUUCAAUGAGUUGAAAAUGGCUAAAACAACAUAGCGGCGGUUGAAAUAUAGUAUGGGGAUGAUAUUGGCUUGGA